UAUAUAACACUUUGCUGAGACAAGACAGUUAUUAGGCGGCGCGGGGCAGCCGGCAUGGAGCUCCCGGAGGCGCGGCAGGGCCCAGAGUUCGGCAGCACGGCGGCAGUGGCCGCCCUGAUUUCUUCCAGCCGCCACUUCUUGUUUCGUGUUCCCGGUCCCUAGACGCCUCUUCCCCUCUCGUGUCCCUCUCCCUAUGGAGCCAGUACGGACUGAACAGAUGCUGAGCUUGCCCGCCGAGGUCAGCAGCAACAACUUAGAUCCAGUGGAGCCGGCGGAGCGAGGGGCAUCAGCGGCCGAAGUAGACACGGCUCCCCCACCAGAGGCCGCUGCAGAGGGUCCCGUACCUCCACCGACGCCGGAGCGAGAGCAAGAGCAGUCUCCGGGGACCUCAACGCCCGAGAGCAAAGUCCUGCUCACGCAGGCAGACGCCUUGGCGUCCCGGGGGCGCCUCCGGGAAGCCCUCGAGGUGUAUAGACAGCUCUCCGAGCGACAGCAGCUGGUGGCUGAACAGCUGGAGCAGCUGGUGCGCUGCCUGGCGGAGAAAGUCCCGCAAGUCGAGGCGCUGACGCUGGCGCCCCCGGACGAGGGUAGCGCUGCAAGCGGCGCCGUAGCGGCGGAAGAGACAGGGGCUGCGGCGGCCACCGAGGUGUGGGACGGCUUUAAGUGCCGGAAAUGUCAUGGGUUUCUGUCAGACCCCGUGUCCUUGUCCUGUGGCCACACCUUUUGUAAACUGUGCCUGGAACGUGGGCGGGCCGCUGACCGGCGCUGUGCGCUGUGCGGGGUCAAGCUCUCCGCGUUGAUGGUGGCCACUGGGCGGGCGCGUGGAUCCCGGCGGACUGGGCAGCAGCCGCCGCCUCCGCCGCCACCGCUGCGAGUCAACGUGGUGCUCAGAGGCCUCCUCGGCAAGUUGUUCCCUGGCCCGGCGCGGGCGUCGCAACUCCGGCACGAGGGCAACCGGCUGUACCGCGAGCGCCAGGUGGAGGCGGCGCUGCUCAAGUACAACGAGGCAGUUCAGUUGGCUCCAAAUGACCACUUGCUUUAUAGCAAUCGGUCUCAGAUUUAUUUCACCUUGGAGUCUCAUGAGAACGCACUGCAUGAUGCAGAAAUAGCAUGUAAGCUCCGCCCGAUGGGUUUUAAGGCACAUUUCAGAAAAGCCCAAGCCUUAGCCACCCUAGGCAAGGUGGAGGAGGCACUAAGGGAGUUUCUCUACUGUGUAUCCCUUGAUGGAAAGAACAAGAGAGCAAGAGCUGAAGCCCAAAGAGACAAUCUGGAGCUCCCACACUGUUCUAGUCAGGAGGAAGCAGCAGCCAGGGGAGACGGCAGCAGUCCGAAGAACGCAGCUAAGGUGAAGGGGGAUGGUCAGCAGCACCACAUGAAAGACCAAGAAGAAGAGGAGGGGAAGCAGGAUGCUGCCUCUCCAGAAGCUGCUUCCAGCAAGACUGGAAAAUGCCAGGGAAAGAAAAGGAAAUAUUGCCAAACUGAUGUCCAAGAUAACACAGGGAUGUCUAAUAAAGCCUCCAAGCAAGGUUCUGGCUCUACGCAGGGAGAAGAUCCUCCCACUGAUCAGGGGGCCACACCUGCUCUCAGUUUACCACUUGCAUCCUUCGACGCAUCUGACCUUGAAUGCGCUCUAUGUAUGAGAUUAUUCUAUGAGCCAGUCACAACACCUUGCGGGCAUACUUUUUGCUUAAAAUGCCUGGAAAGAUGCCUAGAUCACAACGCAAAGUGUCCACUGUGCAAAGAUGGUCUUUCACAGUGCUUGGCAUCAAGAAAAUACAGCAAAAAUGUAAUAAUGGAGGAGCUAAUAGCUAAAUUCCUUCCAGAAGAACUGAAGGAACGAAGGAAGCUUUAUGAAGAGGAAAUGGAAGAACUUUCUAACCUUAAUAAGAAUGUGCCUAUUUUCGUGUGUACUAUGGCCUAUCCCACCGUUCCUUGUCCCCUGCACGUCUUUGAACCUUGUUACCGCCUGAUGAUUCGUAGAUGCAUUGAGACAGGCACGAGACAGUUUGGCAUGUGCCUUGGAGAUCCUGUCAGAGGGUUUGCAGAAUACGGCUGCAUCCUAGAGAUCAGAAAUGUUCAAUUCUUUGCCGAUGGCCGCUCAGUGGUUGACAGCAUAGGCAAGAGGCGCUUCAGGGUGCUCCAUCAGAGCCAGCGGGAUGGCUACAACACGGCCGACAUUGAAUACAUUGAAGACCAAAAGAUGAACCCGAAUGGCCCAGCCUGGUGCUGGUGGACGUUAGCAGUUCUUCCUUUGGAAAGCCGAGCUCAGCUCCCCUUCCUAGCAAUGACAUCCUUAAAGGACAGACUGAAUGGUAUUCGACGAGUCCUGGCCUUCAUGUCCCGAAACCAAAACUAGUGAGUGGAUUACCGAAGAGGAGCUCCCACCUUCCCCACUGCCGCUGGGGGGAGUCUUCCUGUAAAUAUAUCUAAUUGCAAUAAAAUCAGAAGAGGGUGUCAAACAGAGGCAUUAGCCUGCUGUUGAUCACAGAGAAAAAUUGAGUAGAAAGACCAAAAGAAUGUGACCUUUUUGAAACUUUCUGUCUUAAGAUGCUUCUUGACAUGCUGCAUAACUGCAUAAACAGCAGAGGUGUUUAAGAGCCCAGAAAAACAUAAUCGGAUUUUAACAUUAAAAUUUCCAAAAAUUUAAAGGGGUUUUGCUUUAGUAUUCCUUCUUUCAUAGAUCAAUGACUGCAUGGUUGAAAUGUGAAAACAAAGAUACUAAUAAUGUUGCUGUAUAAUUUCACUGACUUGAGGUCUCAUUCCAAGUGGUUCAGGUUUGUAGAGCAUUGUGUAAAAUAAUGUUCAUGCUUCUUUCUGUUUUAAUAAUUUAUUUUUUGCACUACUGUAUUCUUUUUUUCUACAAUGUGUGUUUGUAACUAUUUAAAAGUCCAUUGCUUUAUUUAUUGAUGUGGUUUACCGUGUACCUAGAGGGAAAUAACAAUACUAGAAGUGUGCAGUUUUUGCUUUAAUCUUUUUUUUUUACUGCAUUGACACUAGUUCUUAGACCAUUUCCAUAUCUAUCCAAGUGGAUGCUAAAAAGAACUUCAGAAUGAUGCUAAGAUCAUCUGUCUUCAGAGUCUACUUUUUUUCAGUUUGAACUAAACAGUAUAAAAUACUUAAGGGAUUUGGCCUAGAUUAUGGUAUAUGCCAAGGUAAAGUAAAAUAUUUCAUUUUCUGUGUGUAAUACAGAGCAAAGCUGAAAGAAUUAUUUUUAUUAUAGCCAUUUGUUCCAGCAGUCUAAUUGUAAGUGUAUCUAAUUUCUCCCCGGUGCAUUUAGGAAUGGGAUUUUAGGCAGGAUUAUAAUUAACUCUUCAAAGGAAAUGGUGUUCAGUUUGGCACAUCAUAGCCAUGCCCAACUAGCCUUCAUACCACACCUCUCCUCAGCAUUCUGAGGAUCAAGACCUGGGCAGAAACACUUGAUGAAGGAUUUUUUCUUAUUAAAAAUAUAAAUAAGCCAGAUAGAAUAGAACCCUUUAAUAAUCUUUUUAAAGAAACCAGAUGGC